AUGCAUGUUGACAAUGCGAUUGCUAUGGGGUCUAAGGCUGCCCCUACUCAUUCUGAUUCAACUUUUAUAUCCCAACAAAUCAACCUACAAAUUAUACGUUUUAAGGAACUGGAGAAAAAAAUGAGUGAAUUUGCCAUGAUCUUUGUGCGUAAUUCAUUGAAGUUCAAGUGUUACUGGCUUGCUGAGGCUUUGUUCACUUUCAAGGGUUCGCUUAGAGGUCCACAGCAAUUCGGAUGCAGCAUUGUGAAAUAUCCAUGUCAAAUGCAAUGGCCUUGUCUUGACUGCUAUAAACUAAAAGAUCCAGGUGGAAUGACAGCAAAGAUAGAAGGGAAUAAUGACAUUCCAACUCUCACACCCCUUCAAGAAGUUCAAGUUAAAAAACCAGGAGGAAGAAGGACUGCUUCCAUAGUUGGUAGUGUUGUUGCUGCCUCAAUCAUCAUUGUCAUUGUAGUCAUUGUCUAUAUCUGCUUGAUGCGUGUUAAAAGAUUUAUGAGGCAAGCAUCUGAGACUGCUUCUUCUAUGCCUUCUCCCACUUUUGAGAUGGGAAGAGUCAACAACUCGCAGUAUGUUAAUGCUUUCUCUUCACAUUAUACGCAGAACACAAGGCAGUUAACAAUUUUGGAGCUAGAACAAGCUACACAAAACUUCAGUCAUAAUAAUAUUAUAGGUGAAGGUGGAUUUGGUUUUGUAUACAAAGGCUUGCUUCAAGAUGGAUCUAUUGUGGCUAUAAAAAGGCGUCUAUUUACUGUGACACGGGAUUUCAUCCGCGAGGUGAAUCAGAUAGGUCACAUUCACCACAUUCAUCUUGUCAAGCUUAUUGGCUAUUAUGAAGAUAGCUAUCAACAAUUACUUGUUUAUGAAUAUCUCCCUAAUGGUAACGUGGGGAAUCAUCUAUAUGACAAUGAAGGUUUGCCUAUUGGAAGAUUAGAUUUGUGGAGAAGGUUAUCUAUUGCUUUAGGUGCAUCCAAAGGAGUGGAACAUCUUCACAGUUUGGUCCCUCCUUUGGUUCACACAAAUUUUAGAACUAGCAAUGUUCUGUUAGAUGAAAAUUAUACAGCCAAGGUUUCUGAUUAUGGAUUCUCCAAAUUUCAAUCAAAAGUUGAUCAAGCUGGUUCAUCUUCAAAUAUAGACUGCUUCCUUGACCCAGAGUUGAACUUAUCACAAAACUAUUCGGAGGAAAGUGAUGUAUACAGUUUUGGGGUCUUCUUACUAGAGUUGAUUAGUGGCUGUGAAGCACAUAACAGAAACAUGUCACACCCACGUGAAAAUCUUGUAUUUCAGGCAAAAAAUAGCAUUGAGUUGGACAACUUUGUUGACGUAACGCUGGGAGACCAAGAAAAGCAUGUUGCUACACGAAUGAUAAAGUUGGCGUUGCUGUGUUUGGAUGUGACUUCUCGAAGACCAUCAAUGGCACAAAUUGUGCAUGAGUUAGAGCGGAUUCAAAGAGAAAUUGUUCCUCAAUUCAACGAGGAGAUUGGUGCAGUGACCCUUGGGAGUGAACUCUUUCAAUAA